AUGAGGCGGGGCUGCUGCGUCGCCCUGCUGCUGGUCCUCCUUGCGUUCCAGCCGCAGAGCUGGGCGCGCCGGGGGCGGCUGCGCAGACACCUCGUGUGGCCAGACGCCGGCCCAGUGCUGGAGCUGAUCCUCGGUUUGGCCCUGCCGGCCAACGUGCAGGGCCAGGACUACACGGUGGGCGCGACCAUGAAGAUCGACUACGACCUGCCCAGCAAUGCGACACAGCUGUUCGGUCAGGCGGCGGAGCGGGCCCUGGGCAGGCUCACACGGUGGCAGCUGUACGCCACCGCCGAGGCUGCACUGUCCAGCAUGGGAGUGGACGGACGAGCGUGUGUGCUGCGCGCCAUAUGUGAGGCCGCCGAGACGCCACUGCGCCAGGACUCGCUGCUCGCCGAGCUCAGCCACCUGCUGCUCACGUGA